AUGGUCUCUCAUAAGAUACCAUUUUGUCUUCUUUUUACAUUACUGUUGAAUUCAUUCGGUCUAUGUAGACAAACUUCUGACUAUUUAGCAGUGGCUCCACGAGCUGUUUGUCCGGAAUCAAACAUGUGUUUAUCUCAAUGGGGUUAUUGUGGAGUCGGAAAUGAAUAUUGUGGAGAGAACUGUCAGGGUGGACCAUGUUCCGGAGGAGGAUCAGGUGGAGGAGGUAGUUCGACUAUAUUUCAUGGAGAAGGAACACACUACGAUGUCGCUGUGGGUUAUACUGCUUGUGGUACACUUCAUUCGCGUUUUGAUAUGGUUGCCGCUCUAAAUGCUCAUCAAUUCGAUCCACAUACACCAUAUGGCAAUCCAAAUAAAAAUAGUCUUUGUGGUAAACGAAUGCGAGUUCAGGGUCCUUCUGGUACUGUUGACGUUGCUAUUGUUGAUCGUUGUCCCGGAUGCAAAACUGGUGAUAUUGAUCUUAAUGAAGCGGCUUUUGCUAAAAUAGGAAGUACUGCAGCUGGACGAAUCCGUAUUAGUUGGCAUUGGCUAUGA